AUGCAAAAACAUUCCUCGACGAAAAUUGAAUUUCAACUACAAGUUCAAAAUCACAAAGAAUUUGAAAAGGAAUUGAGUAAAAGCAAACAAAAUGGAACUCUAUUGAUCGUUGACGUUUUUGCUGAUUGGGUAGGAUCAUGCAAAGUCAUCACUCCCUAUUUUCAAAAAUACUACUUGGAGAGCAACGAAGAAUGUCCGAUGAGCUUUGUGUGCCUCAAUUCCGAUCUGAUCAUUCAGAGUGUUCGUGAGGAACCUGUCGAAAAACAACAUGCCAAGCACUCGAUUCUCCGAAGAAAUUCUAGCAAAUCCUUAAUGAGAACUGGUUCCAAGAGUGCAUUAGAGAGGCCGACACUCGAUACAAAUGGCAGCAACAGCAACAAUACGAGCAUGAAUCAUAGUAUGAAUCAAGACAUCAUAACGGCUACUAUGCCUAUACUCAAUCAUGAUUCCAGUACUGUUGAGUCGAGUGAGUCAGCAGGAGCAUCUUUACAAAAUAAUUCACCAAAUCAUUCCAAUCAAUCUCCCCAGAAAUUUCAAAACAAUAACAACAAUAAGGACGAUACUCAACGAUCUCAAUGGGUACCUCUGAUUGAGUCUUUGAAAGGAAAAUCACGUCCCACGUUUUUGUUCUACAAGGGAGGAAGUCUUGUUGAAGUUGUGAAAGGAGUGAAUAUUUCUCGCAUCAAUCAACUCUUGAAAACGUUGAUUGCAGAAUAUGUGCGAGAGCAUGGUUCUUCUGUUGCUGCUACUGCAGUAGAUUCAAUCCUUGAUGUUUCUCCAUCUCUAUCCAAUGACAUUUCAAGUAACAGCGGUGACACUGAUGAUUUCUAA